UUUCAAGUCUCUAGUGUACAAAACUCCAUACAGAAAAUUGGUUUAGUUUCGGAAUUCCAAUAUCGCUGGGAAAUUGUUUUCGAGAAAACAUUUUUUUUGUGUUGUUUUGAUAGUAAAGGAAAAUUGUUUUUUUCACGAAAAUUUACCUGUUUGAAUAAAUCACAAAGUUCAUUUUCAAAUAGAUUUUAGAUUGUUUCGGCUCAGAUUAUUAUCGAGAAUCGGUAGCACACUGAAAACUUUGCCACAGAAAAAUUAGAAAAGUUCGGAAGAAAAGCAUUUUGUUAAUGAAUGAUGUUUGUCGCACAGUAAAAAAAACGUAACUGAAAACUUCUUGAAGAAGACAAAUUAUCGAUUUCUCGCUGUUAUAUUGAAAAUGAAAUGGUGUGCUUCGACAAAUGGGGCUAUUUUGAGUUUGCAUAAAAUUUUAUGUUAUUGGCUGUUGUACAGAGGAUCCUUAUCCAUAUACGUUUGAAUGUGAAGGAUACGCUUAUUAUACACAAAAAAAAAUUGUUCAAAAAAGAUAGCCAAUUUACUGAACGUUUAGAAGUAAGACGCAUUCAAUAUUCAUCUAACGCUGCAGUCACACUCAGAUUAAAGUUAAAACUUUUCAAUCGACUUUUAAGUGAACAUGAGUAUGGAAUCGGUUGGUCAUGUUGUUGUGCCAUUACGAAUAGGUGGUAAAAAAAUGAGGAAACGCAGGGAACUGGAUGCGCUGGUCGCUCAUUCAUUAGCGAAACGGGCGUGUAGCUCCACAUCAAAGCGACAAGCGAGCAAUGGCAUAAAUUCUCAGGAUCAACUGCUAUCUCAAUCAACCAGCGAUCAAGAAGAUUCCACAUGGUCAAAGGUGCCAGUAUCCACGCGAUGUAGAAAUAAGCGUUAUUCCUGCUUUCGUACCUGCGGUCCCCUAGUCUUCAUACUGAUAAUUGUUGUGCUAUUCGGAUUCAUGUACUGGUUAUACUUUGACCUUCGACAACAACUAAGUGAACAUCGCACGAAGAUUGAACAAGUUUCUGCUUGCAAUCAAUUGUUGCCUGACGCAUUACAACAGUGGCAUGAGUCGUCGAAGUGGUUGGAAAAAAAUCAAUCGGCUAUUAAUAGUAAAUUGGUUGAAGUUCAAACGCAACUGGAUAAUAUCGAAAAAGAGCUCAUACAAAUGAAGGAAAGUAUUCAUAAAAAGGAUAUAGAAUCGGAGAAAGACAAUUUGCUGGUAUUGCAAACCAAUGUUGCCACAUUUGGUGCCAAAAUUCAAGAUUUAACUGUUGGCAUGGACGAACUAAAAGAACGAUUACGUGAGGUGCAGAAAAAUGCCAAUCAAAAUAAAGAAAAUUUAACUCAAUUGAUUACGAAAUUCGAUGUGAUGACGAAAAAUCAAACGUCUUCGUUGAAUGGAUUGAACAACGACCUGAAUACGACGAAUAUGCUGAAGAACAUGAGCCAGUUCUUUACUUAUGAAAUUAAAAAUUUAUCACUUCAGUUAAGCACAGUUAACAACACCCUAAGCCAAAAAGCUAGUGGAUUGGAAGAAGAUUUUCGCUCACAGAAGCCGAAAUUUGAUGCAUUGAUCGAAAACUUUGCCAACAUGUCGUCUCACGUAACAUCAAUCGAAAAUGAUUGGACAAAGUACAAGCAAACAGCUCUCGAUUUCGAAGAGAAUUCGAUGAAAAUGAAUGCUGAAAUAAUUUAUCUGAAGAACAAUACCGAUCGAAUAGCAACAUCGGUCAACGACAUGCAGGCAGAAACCAGACGACGACAAAAUUUAGCUAGAGUGAGUAAGGAAAUGCAGGAAAAUGUUUUUCAGCAGAUGAAGAACAACCACUCGAUCCUGCCGCCAAUCAGACAAGAGCUAAAUAGCACAACAACGGCCAAAGUAACCACAACUGAAACUCCAUUCAUUCCGAUAGUGAAUGCUACCAAUCUGUCCAUAUUAUUAAAUGCAUCUGCUGUCGAUGCAAACAGCACCGAUUCAAUUAUGUUAAAAGAUUUAAAUGUAAGUAAGCCGAAACUAUUGAAACUAAAGUGAAGAUAUUCUUAACACGUAAGAUACGAACAGUUUGUUGAAUUAAUUAAACACUAAAAUGGGAAAAACAGAAACAAAAGUAAAAUUACGAAGAGCUUUAAGUGAUUUUUUGAAAAAACGAAUUUUAAUAACCAAAGAAACUAAACAAAA